AUGUCACCGCCCCCCGUCGAAACCUUCAACCCAGACUCCCACCCCACCUUCUCCCCCACCUACAGCCACAUCUCCCGCGUCCCCCUCUCACCCAACAGCACGCUCAUCACCUUCGCCGGCCAGGUAGGCCACGACCCCACCACCAACACCACCGGCGCCACGCUAGGGGAGCAGUGCAGCAUCGCGUACGCCAACGUAGACCGCUGCCUGGCGGCCGCAGGUGCACGCAAAGAGGACAUCGUCGGCGUGCGGCACUAUGUCGUGGAUCUGCUGCGCGGAGGCAAGGGGCCGGAUCCGGAGCGCGCAAAGCGCUACACAGAGUGGUUGGGGGAGCUGAGGCCGCCGGCGACGCUGUUGGGCGUGCAGGCGUUGGCAGCGGAGGCGUUGGUGUAUGAGAUUGAGGUUGUUUGUGUGGUAAGGGAGGGGGCGAGCGAUUAG